CGACGAUGUUUACUACACAUCACGCCAAGUACAGUACUCAUUUGAGGCCGAAUAGACCUAAGGGAGCUCAGGACAGCUUCAAAUAUUCGAGCGGGAAUUGAACUCGGGUCGCCGGGUUUGUCACGCAGCGCGCUAACCACUGCACCACCUCUCGCAUGCGCAGCAGCCGAAUUAACAGCUACAACUACGCGACUACACCGAUUAAAACAAUUACAACUUCGGUCACGACUACAACGGAACACUAAAACACGACUAAAACAACGACACUAUUCACAAAAAACUGCACUAAUCACACCUUGAACAACUACAAAACAGCCACUGCAACUCGCCACGGUAACUACCAACUUCUACAACAACUGCUACACAGGCUUACGACUACGCCGUACAUACCGGAAUUCCACUGCGAACGACCAGUGUAGCCAGUUGCUGACUAUCGGAACGGGUGAUCGAUUGCAAAAACGGUGUUGUAUGUACGUAUGCAUGUUGAACUUCUUUCGCACCGCACGUAGCCAACCGUGCUCAUCGGAGUAGCGGUGUUCUCACAAAUUCACCGUGGCAUGCAGUUGAUUGACGGAGGGCUGUGAAAACAAUAUAUAUGUUUUAAUACUGUUUAAAUAUACAAAUAAUAUUCGUUUGGAAACCACGUACAUCAUCAAGGAAUGGAUACAAUUAGCCACGAAGCUUCUCUUUGAAAGAGCACGAGGUGGCCGAGCGGGAGCUUAAUCCGUCAACAUCAUUUCCGAUAAGCAAGGUGGCGCUGCCACCUUGCGUGUGGGGCAUCGUGCGCUGGAUGCCUCGGUGUGAUUCUGCCCAGGAGGCUAAGAGCUACCCAGCAGAUGAAACAAAGUGUGUAAUCUACGUGUGUUGAACUUCUUUCGCAAACGUACGUUGCCAACCGUGCAAAUCGGAGGUGCUGGAGGGGACGAACUAAACACACAAAGUGGAGGGGGAUGCCAAGCACGGCGUGUGUUUUCCAGUGAUGUCACAGGGGGCUAAGUUUAGGCUGUUUCGGGGGGGUCGGUAUGCGGUGAAGGGGACAGCUGCUCUGGCCCUGAAAUAGCCCGGCUUUGCCAAGGCAGCGGGAACCCCACCGAUCAUUCCAAUCGGCUCGACUCCUUCGUAUGCACAACACCCACCACUCACAUGUGAAGCACGCACGAACAGAGGGGAUUUAGAUGGCCCGUGACAAGUUUAAAACAUUCAUGAUGUGAACGUGUUAGUAUAUGCCCCGAUGGUGAAGUGAUGGAUGACCAAGAAGAGCAAGGGGACUCUGUAAAACGGCGUCACCUGGUGUCGUCACUGGGUAUCUUCUUCACCUGCCUCACAUGCAUGUUGCUACUGCUCUUCGCAACCACAGGUCUGCUGGAUGAAGAUUUUCUUAAAUAUGGUUUCAGUAUCACAAGCGCAAACGGUGAUACGGAGCAAGGACAGGACUCUUGGAUCGCCCCUCCACUUAACGGUGGUUUGGAAACUCAGGACAAUGAGUCGGAUUGGAGUGGUGAAGGAGAGUCAGGACUGGAAGAUGGCAGAGCAGACGAUGGUGUUGACUUUCAUUCUGGAGACGGUCUCAAUCUUCCCAUUGUCCCUAACAGGACCUCCGACACAUUUUUAAUGUCGAGAGAAACUGCAAUAGCAACAUUACAUUCCACAGGAGAUUCAGAACUCUCGUUAGCUCAAAACGCCGAUGUAGAUGGUUCAGGUUCUUCACAGGAGACUUAUUCUGGAGAAAUGAGCGAUGUUUUAUUCGAAGGUUCAAAUGAAAUUCAUGCUCCAUACAGCGAUGAACUCUUUGGAUAUAGUGGGGAAAUAGAUCUUAGUGACUACGUUUUAAGUGAGACACAAUUCGGUGACGACGACUCUUAUCAUAUGCGCCAAAAUUUAGGAGACGCUCACGAUGAGACUGAAGACAUUCCUGAUGGUGAGACCCAAGAAAUAAGAGAUUUUGACAGCAUAACGAGACAAAACGUGGCGGUGCCUUUUGUGCCUGACUUUAUGAAUCGUAAAAAAUCUCACGUCGUGGAAACUGAAGGAUCAAGUCACGUAAACGAUGUUUCAGGUCUUAAUGAAAUAUUUGACAGCUCAACAUCAAUGCCUGUAAAGCAUUUCCCACCUUUGCUGGAUGCUCGGAACCGAGAGAGCACCCCUGCCAUGAACCCUUGGCCCCAGACUUUAGAGGCUCUAGAUGAAGACGUGGAUCAUGUGAGGCCAAGUGUGGCCCCAACAUCGACAAAUGCAUGGACCACCGCAUUUCCUUCUAUUCCAGAGAUAAUUGCAUCUCUGCUAACGGAAAAGCCCUUUUUCAUAAAGAGUUAUCAAGUUGUGUGCACUCCAAUCACAUCAAGCGAGUGUGGGAUGCUUCCCUACGCGGAAACCAUCAUGGCAGCCCUGCCUCCCGUCGACCUCAGGCUCCUCAUCACCUUCUUCCAGGAUCUGCAGCAGCUGGGAUGCUACCGCCACAUGCUGUCUUUCGGCUGCGCAGUGGUGCAUCCACAGUGUUUGCCUCAAAGCCUGCCGGUUCUGCCCUGCAUGUCCUACUGUGACGCCGCCCGCUCCAGCUGCGAGGGGGCCUUCACUCAAGUUGGGCUCGGGUGGCCAGAGUUCCUCAGCUGCUACCACUUUCACAAUGACAGCUCCGUUGCUGGCGCAGCUGAUGGCGCAGCUGAUGAGCACAACGCCUGCUUGGCUGCCCCUCAAGAAGCCAGCGAGGAAGUGGGUCCGUGCCUUGCACAGGGGGGCUUCUGGUGCAGUUCAAGGCUCUGCAUCUCCAAGAAGCUGGUCUGCAACGGCUACAACGACUGUGGUGACUGGAGUGAUGAGAAGCUCUGUUCAUGCGGAGCCGGAGAAUUCCGCUGUGGCACGGGACGAUGCGUCGCACUCUCCCAGCGCUGCGAUGGCUUCAACGAUUGUGGGGACCUCAGCGACGAGGCUGCCUGCCAUUGCGACAACGCGGUGUGGUUCCGCUGCGGAGACGGAGUGUGCGUGAGCCGUGCCUGGGUGUGCGAUGGUGACGCCGACUGCUCCGACAGAUCCGAUGAGCUGAACUGCACGUGCAAGAGCCAUGGCAUGCAGGAGUGUGAUGGCGGGUUGUGCAUCCCUCCCUCGUACCUGUGUGAUGGAGAGAGGGACUGUGAGGAUGGGCGCGAUGAGGAAGGUUGUGGUCCAGAGUCACCUUGCACGCACGAGAGCCGGUUGUGCGACGGGAUUCCAGACUGCCCAGACAUGCGGGAUGAGCUCGACUGCAACCUGUGCGAACCAAUCACCCUGGAGUGGUGCCUGAACCAGCCGUAUAACGCCACGGGUUUCCCUAACGCCCUGGGCCACGGCACGCAGGCCUCCGCUGCUGCCAGCUGGGAGGCCGAGCUUCUGCAGGCCCUAACCCACACCGCCUGCCAUCCGCACAUGACCUUCCUCAGCUGCGCCCUGCUCCUGCCAAAAUGCAAGCCCAACUCCAGCCACAAAAUACUUCCCUGCCGGUCCCUGUGCGAGGAGGUGCGAGGCAGCUGCGAGAGGCACCUCUUGAACGUCGGCUUGAGCUGGCCCCCUGAGGCCGAAUGCGGGCGUCUGUCUCAGUGGGGGCCGCCGGACGCGUGCCUCCUGCCGGACGCCAGCAACGCGGACGCCCGGUGCUCUCCGCUGCUGCACUUUCGCUGCGCCUCGGGCCGCUGCGUGUCCGCCGCGCGGCGCUGCGACUCGCGCAGCGACUGCGACGAUGCGAGCGACGAGCAGGACUGCGAGUGCGCUCAGAGAGGGAUGUGGGAAUGCCUCUCCGACAAGAGCUGCAUCAAUCUCGACAUGCACUGCGACGGCUUCCCGGACUGCCGGGAUGAGGAAGAUGAGAAAUUUUGCUCCCAAUGUGAGGUGGAGGAGAUGGCCUGCCUGAACCACCAGUGUGUCCCACAGAGGGCCUGGUGUGACGGCGAGAGACACUGUGCAGACGGAUCUGACGAAUGGGACUGUGUGGGGAUAUCGGACCACAACGCAGAGGUGACGCCUGGUCCCCGUAGCGAGCUGCUCGUCCACAGACACGCACAGUCGCGCCUGGUCUGCUCGGACGGGUGGGGUGCGGCGCUCAGCCACUUGGCCUGCGCUCAGAUGGGUUUCUGGGGCGAGGCAGACACCCGCUUCCUUCAAAGGGCAGUGAGGAAGAAAUUCUUGCCUCCUCUGCACCUGACACCUGGAUGGCAUCAGACAAACACCAGCACCGUUCAGGCCGCCCUGGCAGAGGGGGUUCCAUGUGACAGCGAGAGCGUAGUGUCUGUUAUCUGCCACAGAAAUGACUGUGGCCGGCGCUCAUCGUCCCCGCCGCCGCGACGCAUCAGCAAGAGAAUCCUGGGCGGCCGAGUGAGCCGCGAGGGGCGCUGGCCGUGGCAAGGCUCGCUGCGCACCGCGCUGAGGCCCCACUCCUGCGGCUGCACGCUCAUCCACCGCAGAUGGGCGCUCACGGGGGCACACUGCUUCACGCGGCAAGACGACCCGGAGGCCUGGACGGCCGUGUUUGGGGUGAACAACCUGGGGCACCUGUCGGCAUUCCGGCAGGAGAGGAAAGUGCGGCGCAUCAUCCGCCACGAGCGCUUCAGCGCACGCACCCUGGACUAUGACGUGGCGCUCGUGGAGCUGCGGGAGGAGGUGUGGGAGAACCCCCACGUGCAGCCCGCCUGCCUCCCGCACAGGGGUGUCGGCGUGCCAGAUGACACCUACUGCGUCAUCACGGGCUGGGGAGUCACCAGCGCCAAGGUUGUCCCAUCUAAGCUGCAGGAGGGCGAAGUGAGGAUCAUCUCACCCAGCACCUGCCAGGGCUUCUUCCCCCUGCGCCCGCUCACGCCGCGCAUGCUGUGCGCCGGCUACGAGGCGGGCUCCGUCGACUCCUGCAUGGGUGACAGCGGGGGCCCACUGGUGUGCGAGGAGACCGACCGGCGCUGGACACUGUACGGCCUGACCUCGUGGGGCUCCGUGUGCUCCUCCAAGUCGGUGGGACCGGGCGUCUACACCAACGUGACGCAGCUCCUGGGCUGGAUCGAGAGGCACAUCUUCCUGCACACUUUCUUUUAAAAAAAAAUGACGGCUGCUGUGGGCCUCAAGUUUUUUGUUUUUAUUUCGCUCGUUAUCUUCGUCAUAUCCCCCCUCCCCACACCUUUGUUAGAGAAGGAACCCGGUUGGUACACCGCAAUUAGCCCCCGUUUAGGGAGGAAGGACUAUCCAGAGGGCGCAAUUCCUGGACACACAGCAAGCCAUACUCUGAAAUGUUCGUGUGCCCUCUGUUAUGGCUGUUGAUUCGGGUCCGUAUGUGUAUAUAUGUACGUUGAAUUUUGCAUCGUACGCAGCGAAACGUGAUUAAUCGGAGGUGCGGGGGAAGGACAACAAACUAAAACACAAAAAAACUGUUUGAAGGAUAUGGCUUUUCAAUUUUAAAAUAAUAAUAUAAAAAGCAGGUGACGCAGUGUGCCGCUGCGGUUAGCUGGACGCGCAGCCGAGUAUCUAACGAUAUUUGAUCAUUGAUAGCCAUUUUCGAUCUACUGCUGGAUGAAAGAUUCCCCACGUCACCUGAUGACGUAUGAAUCAACGAUGGCACCGAGCCAGACAUGGAAUGAGAUGGUUUAUUGUAAGGAAUGCGCCUAGAGAAGCUUAUAUUAAGGUACAUACAUACAAACAUUGAUCACAUAAUUGUUGUCAUGGCAGCUACUAAAUAUUGUACGAUGAUAUGUAAUCUUUUUUUAUAAAUAAAGUAAUAGUGUGUUUCCAACCACAUUUCAAGAUACUGUAUAUAUAUCAUUAACAAAAUUCCCAGCGAAAUAAAAGUGAGAUAUUGGAAAUAAUAAUUCAUGGUGUAUUAGUUUUAGCAAAAAAUUUGAGCAUUUUAAGUCACCGAUUUUUGUUGCUUGCUUGCUAGAUAUGGAUCGUUGCCGAAUCUCCAAUGAACUCUUGUAAAGUCUCCUAAUUGUUGGAAUGUGGACAUAACACAGGCCCUUUCCAUGCGAUUAGAAUGUACACGCUUAAACGGAGAGAUAGCAUCCGUCCUUUCACGUGUAUACAUAUGCGUAGUGUGCUGUUGCCCGCACCAAAUAAGUUACAUAUAUGCUUUCAUAUAAUAGUAGUAAUGCCCUUUAUUUAUCCAGGAACACCUCAACAUUUCUCAAGGCUUUUUUCAGGAGGGCCCCGCUUUGGGUGUUCGCUUCACUUGAGGAAACUGGGGUACGCUCACGCCCAGGCACACGCGGGCAACACGCUAGAAUCCGUACCGCUUGCUCCACGAAUUUCUUGCUGUGCUGCCGUAAAGAGGCCAGCGCAGGAGCUCGGCGGGUUGUGUUGUCCUCUUCACUGGUGGUUUUUAUUUUUUACAGGAAAUGCUCACGUUUAUUUUAUGUUCGUCCACACUAAGCACGUGCUUCUGAAGCUCCACAAUUUCAUGGCGUCACAAAUAGCCACGGAUAAAAUUACAAGCGCGUGUAAACAUUCAAACAACUUUAUUCUACAAAAUAUAUUAUUUUUUAUUACACAUGCAGAUUUGGAUGCGUAAACCAGUUUUGAAUCAACAGUUAACAUUCCAUAAAAUUACUUUAACGCAACAGUGACUGUAAAACCAUUUUCCUUGUAAACUUGGUGUUUAUAAAGGUCAACAAAUCUUCAGUACAGACAACCCAACAUAUUGCCAAUUUCAUUUUCAUAUGAAACCCUUAAUAUUGUUUAAAAAACUUUGUUUCAUUUAAGCACAAUAUUACACAAACAGUAAUUCUUAAUUGUAAACAUUAUUCAUAAGCAUCCUGAAGCUUAAAAUGCACCAGAACACUUGUUUUUACAUUUUACCACCAUUGGCGGUUUCAUGAAUCACAGUGACAAAUAUACAAAGAAGUCCUCCACAUAAAAUUAAUAUUUGAUCCCAUGUUGAAAUAUUGCAUAAUUUUCUUUAAAACCAACAAAACAUCGACAACUACCACUCUCGGUACUGCUAUCAAACACGUAUGCUUAUCAUUUUGUUUAGGCAUUUAAAGCAUUCAUAUUGUAAUGCACAUUUUGUUUUGUAUAAAGAACUCUAAUUCUAACAGAGCAGAUUAUUAUAAAUAGCAUGGCUUCAAUCGUCCCACAACACGGAUGGACAUUUUGCAUAGGUGUCCUCUUUAUAACCCUUAGAAAACAUUACAAUUCGGAAAACGCUAAGGCACAUCCGUACUAUAUAUUAUAAACUAGUGUCAUAUAAUCUAUGUUACCUGGGCCCUAUCCUGACUGGGGAUCAUCAUCCCAAGGAGUCCAUAGAUGUCCCGCUAUAACUGGUAAUGUUAUGACCAAACACUGGUGUUCAACGCUAUCAUUUCAAUGCUGUCAAUUUUAAACCUUUUUUAAGGGGAACUGCCCAUUGAUUAAACGUCUGCCAAUGGUAAACAAAACUAAAAAUAUUGUAUGUAUAAAAGCAAUGAACUUCCCUCAUAUUGUUGCGUACAGAAUGUGCAGUAAAACCUCUUGAAGCCGGACUGAGCCAUUAUUCGAGUUCAGUCGGAAAGGCAGCCCCGAAAUAAAUCGAUAAGAUAGCUCGGAAACCAAAUCUCCUCCAGAGUUGCACUCUCUUUUUUGUUCCUUAUCCUUUAAUAAAAAAAGUAUUUAAUUUAAAAGGAAUAUUUUUCACAGAUAUAAAAAAUUACUUCAUCUGUUUGGGAAUUUAAUAUGAAAUACCAAGAGUGCGAUGUUAUCCCAAAUAGACCACGUGGUAGACUCGUGCAACCUGUGCCUCCAGUCAUCCACACGCCCUGACAGAGCUCUCUCUGGCUUUUAAACAUCUGUAUUUAUUUACUUUGCAAAUAAACUCAAAACAUUCUUGAAGCUCAUAUUCUCAGCCUUCCCCCAUCCAGCGAACCUCAGUCUUCACCAUCAUCCUCUGCUCGAUGGUGGAGGGAAGUGACUGAGACUAACCUGUACAUUAGUAACUUUUUAGGUGUUAUUUAACUGCGAAUAUUCAACUGGAUACAUUCAGUUGAUGCUUAUCUAGUUAUUGAGCGCAAUUAAAUGUGUGAGGUGUUAUGUGUGAAUGUAAUGUGCAAUAUACUGUACACAUUUUCAAUAUUGUAGCACGUUCCUGACAUCCCCAUAGCUUGAAGUUCCCUCCGCCCAGUCAGACUUGUCGAGGUUUUAGCGUCUCCGUAAACAGCUGCUCUAGCUAUGACGAGUGACAACAUAGACCUAGCUUCAUAAAAAAUAUACCAAUGGACAUUCAAUUGGUGGGUUUUCAAAAAUGCAGACAAUGUAAUGUUGCUGAUCAAUUUAAAAAAAAUACGCGCAAAUGUUAACAUAUGCUGAGUAAUUGUUAGGAAAUAUUGUCUCCCUCGUGGCGGGAGAAGCUGUGUCCAAGCCCCAUCUAUGAGUGGAACCGGGCUAAUGGGACAGCCAGUACUUGGCCCUUUGUACAAAAUAGAAUACACUGCAAGUUAAUCCACAUCAGUGAUUGUUCGUCUUUCAAAUCACAUCUUAUCAGUUGGAGUGCGACGAGUAAAUGUAUUCAAGCUCAAUACAGAUUGGGCGCUAAACGGUACGUAACUGCAAGUUGGAUUGUGCUGAAAUACACGGGGGGUUACGGAUAAAUGAGCCCCAUCUCGUCAGGUCUCGGAAGCAAAAAGCACGAGUGAGCCUGCCUGGCACAAAACAGGUGCUGUGGACUGCAGUGGGGGCCACAUUGUCAUCAAAUGGCAGUGCAACAAAAUAUUUUGUUGUACCAUAUUCUACUCCAACACCGAGGCUCUCCGUAAUUUUCCAACUCAAACCGACAAACAUGGUGAAGUGUUGUCUGAUGACCCCUAAUGGCCUUGCGCAACAAGGAGAGGUCCACAUCCAGCAGGUGAAUGACAAAACAGCUGGACAUGCACAUUGGGUGAAUGAUUGUGGCCGCAAUGAUAUUUGUGUUACUUAAUUUGUGAAUUUAAUAUUAAAUGCCAAGAGCGCAAGGUUAUCCCAAGUAUACCACGUGGUCGACUCGUGCAACCUGUGCACUGGCAGGAGCACAUUCUGAAUGUAUGUUACCCCACAACACCUUAGGACGCUGUUUUUGCAGGGAAAGGAUGAGGUAAUUCAUCAGAUUUCUUUUCAAGAUGAAACAUUCUUAUCCACGCACGUGGAAAUCGUAUGAGUUAAAUAAGUACAGUCACAUAUAAAACAUUUAAAAUUCACAAGAACAUUUGUAUUAGAUUGGUUUUGUGGCUUCCAAUGAAAAUAUUCUUGAUUGCAUAUUGCUUUACCCAUGAAAAAAAAAAAUGUUUUU